GAUACUGGCCAACGUGCAAGUAGGGUUUAUGGUUGCUAUCAUAAAUGCUGACCGAACAACUUUGAAAUGCUUGUUCACAAUGUCCAUGGUAUUGUUUGGGUAUAGUUGCCGCCAGAGAUAUGGCUUGAUCAUUAUUUUAUGGCAGCUCUAAUUAAAAGUUGGUGCGUCUUUUAUGAAUGACUAAGAUGUUGGUUACUUCUUAAAAUGGCAUUUCUGUUACAGUGUAUACAACUACUUCGUACAAUCGUGUAUUCUGUUAUCAAGGCUGAAACGUAACAGCAACGUAGAAGAACGCUAUGUAUUUCACGGGUAUUUUGAUGUAGCCUACUUUCUCAAGCCUUAGACGCACGUUAGUAUGUCACAUGUAUUUGCGUGGUGUUUAUACAUAAUUGGAGCAAAUUGUAGAUAAUUAGGCUCUAAUAAGAAAUAUGCUGUCUAUAAUUAUUUGUAAGUUAAACCGUUACUAUCAGUUGCAGCUGAAGACGAAAGCGCAUACAUUUCUCGUCAGAUUAAAUACCCUGACAAGCACAACUUUCCAUGAAUCGAAUGAAGAACAAUAUAAAUUGUAAAUAUUACAUGGAAAUAGACUGAAUAUUUUUAUCAGGUACUUACAUAACUUAUUCACACUGAGAAUGUUAGGAAGUCCAUCGAAUAACGGCGGUAUUAGAAUGUUGAGUCCCCCAGCUCCAAACGACGACAGACGGGUAGAGUUUGUCGCUCUCACUGCUGUUCACACGGAGAGAAGCGAGCCGUCUACCCCGGAGCGUGGACACCCUUCCCACCGCACCGGACUUCUUGGUACCCCUAUACCCGUGCCUCCUGGAGCCCGGGCGUCUGCCUCAGCCUCAAGCAAGCGCUACAGAAAGUUGCAGAACUACAUGUACAAUGUCCUGGAGAGGCCGAGAGGAUGGGCUUUUAUCUACCAUGCAUUCAUUUUCCUGCUGGUGUUCAGCUGUCUGGUGCUGUCUGUCUUCUCCACCAUCCCUGACCAUCAAAAUUUUGCCAACGAGAUGCUCUUUAUCCUGGAGUUUGUCAUGAUCGUGGUGUUUGGACUGGAGUACUUCAUAAGGGUGUGGGCUGCAGGCUGCUGCUGCCGAUACAGGGGAUGGCAGGGUCGUCUGCGAUUCGCCAGGAAGCCAUUCUGCGUCAUAGACUUCAUCGUGUUUGUGGCAUCGUUGGCGGUGAUCGCCGCCGGCACGCAGGGGAACAUCUUCGCCACGUCCGCGCUGCGCAGCAUGCGCUUCCUGCAGAUCCUGCGCAUGGUGCGCAUGGACCGGCGGGGCGGCACCUGGAAGCUGCUGGGCUCUGUGGUAUACGCUCACAGCAAGGAGCUCAUCACAGCCUGGUACAUCGGCUUCCUGGUCCUGAUCUUUGCCUCGUUUCUGGUUUACCUGGCAGAGAAGGACAUCAACACAGAGUUCACCACCUAUGCCGACUCCCUCUGGUGGGGAACUAUAACUCUCACCACAAUCGGUUAUGGGGACAAGACUCCACGCACCUGGCUAGGGCGGCUCCUGGCAGCGGGGUUUGCUCUACUAGGCGUGUCCUUCUUCGCUCUCCCGGCAGGAAUUCUGGGUUCUGGCUUUGCCCUGAAAGUACAGGAGCAGCACAGGCAGAAGCACUUUGAGAAGAGAAGGACCCCAGCAGCCAACCUCAUCCAGGCCGCUUGGCGUCUCUACUCCACCGACGUUAAGCGUUCCUAUCUAACAGCUACCUGGUAUUUCUAUGACAGCAUGUUACCGUCAUUCAGAGAACUGACACUACUGUUCAGUCACCUGCAACGACAGCGUAGUGCCAAGAAGGUCCUUCACAACUCCUACCAAACUCUCCUGUCCGGGCUCAAGCCCUACAGCUCCCCCUACCUGUCGGGGGACAGUUUCAGGAGGGAUGAAGUCACGUGCAGUCAGCUCAUUUGUAAAAAGCGGGGUCUCUUCCGGAUUCACGCUGGCCGCAAGCAGAGUGGGAAGAUGGGUUUUCGGGACCGAAUCCGGAUGAACAACUCACGGUCGGCCCAGGGGAUACGUGGUAAAGCAUCCCCACUGCCCCCUGGGGGGGUUGGUCGCACCCCAAGCUCGGAGAAUGUUCCUGAGGCCACCAGUCCAGGAAAAGUCCAGAAGAGCUGGAGCUUCAAUGACCGCACCCGUUUCCGAACCUCCUUGAGACUCAAACCUCGACCCACUGCCGACGUGGAGGGGACGGGGGAGGAGAGCUUGGAGGACAAGGCGUACUGUGACGUGGCGGUGGAUGAUGUGGUCCCUGCUGUGAAGACUCUAAUUCGGGCAGUCAGGAUUCUCAAGUUUCUGGUGGCCAAGCGCAAGUUUAAGGAGACAUUGCGUCCAUAUGACGUAAAGGAUGUAAUUGAGCAGUACUCCGCUGGACACUUGGACAUGCUGGGCAGGAUCAAGAGCUUGCAGUGCAGGGUCGACCAGAUUGUGGGCCGGGGAUCAAUUCAACCUGACAAGAAGGUGCGUGAGAAGGGUGAAAAGACGCCCCCCGAGGUAGACCCUAUGGACGAGAUAAGCAUGAUGGGACGUGUAGUGAAAGUGGAGAAACAGGUGCAGUCCAUUGAGAACAAACUGGACCUACUGCUGAACUUUUACACGCAGUGCGUGAAGAAGGGCUCCUCCAACUUCACCCUGUCCUCCCUGCUGGAGCCCGACCUCACCUCCGAUUACCACAGCCCCACCGACCACCGCGACCUCUUUCCCUCCGCCAACACCCUCACCAUCUCCCGCUCCGCCAGCGGAGGCACCAUGGACUGAGGGCGGCCGCAGCCAGGGUGGGCCGAACUCAUCAAAACCCAGCCAGGACUGAGCAGGAGGAACAAGCACAGCUUACCCCCAAUACCCACCCGUCACUCUCCUGUUCUACCACCCAACCCUUUACUCAUUCUCUACCACCCUUACCUCAACCCCCCACCCGUCACUCUCCUGUUCUACCACCCCAACCCUUUACUCAUUCUCUACCACCCUUACCUCAACCCCCCACCCGUCACUCUCCUGUUCUACCACCCCAACCCUUUACUCAUUCUCUACCACCCUUACCUCAACCCCCCACCCGUCACUCUCCUGUUCUACCACCCCAACCCUUUACUCAUUCUCUACCACCCUUACCUCAACCCCCCACCCGUCACUCUCCUGUUCUACCACCCCAACCCUUUACUCAUUCUCUACCACCCUUACCUCAACCCCCCACCCAUCACUCUCCUGUUCUACCACCCCAACCCUUUACUCAUUCUCUACCACCCUUACCUCAACCCCCCACCCAUCUGUCUCCCUCUGGACAGAAUGUGUCACCGAUUUUCAUGCCCUAUUACCCUCCCCUCCUUUAAGUCACCCUUCCUUUUCACUCCAUUUGUGACUCCUAGCCCUCAACACCUUUACCUUGUCUCCCUCCUCUCUUUAUUCCUCCUUUCUCCUGUCACCCUCUCCAUGGCAACCCCAUGCACCAGCCGGGCUUGCCGGGAGAAACACAUGCUGCUUCGGUUUGAGGCUGUUAUUAAGAAUUUUUCCACCAGGGGGCAAUGCCUGAACAGAGACAUGGCAAAGUCUGCUCACAGACUCUUCUCUCUCUAGAUCUAAUUCUCUGAGGGGGACAGACACCUGACUACUGAUAUGCAAGCACUGUUUUACGCACCUCUUCUCAUCUGUUUUUUUAUUUAUUUUUACUUCCAGCAUCUGUGGACACAAACAUAGACACACACAAAUAUACACACACACACACAUGCGCUCUGUGCAAUCUCUCAGUCUUUUGAUGGUUUUAUUAGUUAUUGAAAUUUGAUUUUUGAUUUCAUUCAUAAGAGGUCCUACAUGAUUUUGUUUGUUUGUAAUCAAUAGACUGUCAAAAAAUGUUAAAACUAUUUUUUGUGGUCAUGAUGAGUAUUGUGGCCGGAUGUUGUUUUCUUUUCCAUUUUGGCAGAAAUUGAUUUCCAUGAUCUGCACUUUUCUGUCGAAGCACAGUGGUCACUUGUGCCAUCGGCAGUAUUUGAGCCUCAGAAGAAUGCACAGCCUCCCCAGUAAUAAGAGUGCCCAACCAGCCAAGGACAGAGGCCAGAAAGAGGGAAACACCACCUCUUACUAUCCCCUCCUGAAGCUUUCCACUUGGCUCUGGUGCGCCCACUAAACCAGUCCUGAGGAAAACAAUACAUCCAGGUGGAACCUCUGAUCCCACACUGGGAGAGGGGGAGCUGAUAGCAUUCCCUGUCACUCAGGUGUAUGUGUGAGCAUUAAGAAGCCCACUGUGCAAAAAAAAAAGAGAAAAAAAACUUUGCAAUACUCCUUUAAUAUAACUGGUGACACGCAUGAUUGUGAAAGGGAGGGUUCUUGAGGCCUGCACAAAGUGGUAUUGAUAUUUUCAAGACCAGAGUGUAAUUAAUGGAGAGGUUUGGUCACCUGAGCAUUUGGAUGCAUGCAUUUUCAGCCUGCAGACAUUUGGCACGACUUGCAUGCACAUCCUCUACCCAAAGUUGCGAGGUUCUUCCGAAUCCAGGUCAGGAAAGCAGAGCAUCAGACUCUCUUUUCAGUCUUUAAUCUUCAUCAUUUCUCUUCAUCUUCACCUCCACUCAGUCCCUUUUCCUCAGUUGUUUUUUGCUUUUUUUGAGAGCGGGAGAAUGAAUUAUGUGGAGGUUCAGCACAAAUUUGUAUAGCUAUAGUAUUUAGACCCACAGACAUUGUGGGAUCAGUGAAUUGGUGCACUAUUCAGAUGAUUGAAGGAUCAUGAAAUGUGAACAGCAUUGAUCCAAAAAAAUCCUUUUUGCACCCUCCUGUUUUCACUGUGAUUUAUCUUGUCAUUGCCGUUUUCAUUGCCAGGUAUAAACACAGGCAUGUCUUUAAGAUCAUUACAGGUUACUGUGAUGAUGGGUACAGUAAUAAUGAUGUGCCUAUUUCACGUGACAAAAAGCAUCCACCUGCCAAGAUUUUAGUUCACUUUGUUUCUACUUUCUCGGUUAAUUUGCAGCGCACCUCUGGAAUUUUUCUGGCUUUUGCUUUGUGGGGGCUACGAAUAUGCAUAGUUUGUCUACAGUAGGCAAAAAAAGUUGACUGAAUGUCUGGAAUCAGUCUUGACAAACUUGAACUCACAUUUCUGUACGUAUGUUUGUAUAUGUGUGUGUGUGUGUGUGUGCGCGCGUAUGUAUGUAUGUAUCCUAAGGAACAGUACUACUUAAUUACAAGAAAUGCUGUAUGCGUUCAAAUCGAUAGCAUGGCUAAGUAUUUAUCAAAGAUCACAUUACACUGCAUAGUCUAGAGAACUAUUCCACAUCAACCAUAUUUUCCAUAUAAAGCAUAUGUUUGAGCAGUGAGUUUAGCAAAGGUUCUCCCUCGUAGUGGCAUUUAUCAUGGAAAUGGACAGAACUGGAAUACGCAGGUCCAACAAUCAAUACUUAACAUACAAACACCACAGCACUUUAUUCAAUAAUUUAUGGAAGAAAAUACUUGUUCUAUAAUGUUACUCUUUUUAAUUCUGUUUUCUUUUUGGGCAGUCUCUGAUUUCUCAGAUUAUUAUUCACAGUGUACUUGGGUACUCUAGAAAAGCCUCAAUAUUUUUCCACUGUUUUAUUUUUUAAUAAAUCCUGAUAUUGAAAUUCAUUGUAAUGCUUAACUGGUGUGAAACAAAAUGUCCCUUUAUCUCUGAAUUGAUAUUCAGAAACGUUCAAUAAAUCUAGUGCUUAUGUGUGAAAAUAA